AUGGUGCUAUACGACGAAAAAGGCCGAGUCAUCAAGGCGCACGAAGAAUACCUCGAACAACUAGCCAAAAAGCACGCAGACUAUAUUGACUGCCUAUACCUCGACCAGAUCGCCGUAUGCAACGCCCACGACGCCGACGCAGGCGCGCAAAAAACCCAAUGCUUCAUCACCAUCCAGCCACAAAAGUUCGGACGCCUGUACACGCGCUACGGCCACGUCAAGGAAGACAUAAAACACUUCCGCACCAAAACCCCCAUCACCAUACCCGACGAAGGGCUUGAUCGCCGCACGCUCAUGCGCUGCUCCACAACUGCGGACGAGUUCUUCCGUUACAACCCCACCGCGACGCAACUUUGUCUGCCGGUUAGAUACCCGCGGCUGCACUUGCACUCGGUGUACCACGGGAAAAAGGGGCUCAGCGAGUUCACAAGAGAUUAUCCCGAGCAGAUCGAGCCGGGGAAGAAAUACGUACACCAGUACGACAGCCAAGUGUCGUUUCUCCGCGCCGAUGAGAUCACGGCGUAUGUCAUCCCCUGGCUGCGCGCUAUGCAGAAGGUCCUCGACAACAAAAUAGACAAAAAUAUAAACAUUCGACCAGAAAACCUGCCCAUCAUCACCCCGCCAGAUAGUCUCCUGGAGAAAAUCCACCUUUAUAAUGCGAGUCUGCACCUGGGCCUGCCGUCUUUCGUCCAGAAGCCCCUGACCACCGCCCUAAUCGCGCAAAUGCACAAAACGAAGCUCCGAGCAUGCCACCUUGAAACACUGGAAAUCACGAUAGCGCGCUUCUACGCGCGUGGCAUCCCAGCCCUAGACCCCGUGCUCGCUGCUUUCAUCGCCGCGUACGCCGCGCGUCCAGCAUCCGACCGCGCGAACCCCGAAUCCGCAGAGGCAGAGCGUAAGCGAGGGUUAAUCCCGCGUCAUAAGCAUAAAAGCGGGUAUUACUAUUACCCUGCGGGGUUGAAACGCGAGUUGCUUACGUAUACGUCGUUUGAGCCUGGGAGGGCGGAUUGGCCGGGGGAUACGGCGCUGGUGCCGCCUGAGCUUGCGGUGCUGGGGGGCGCGGUUAGGCGGUGGGCGGGGGUGAGGAGGGAUGGUGGGGUGGUUAGGGGGCGGGUGCGAGAUUUGUUUGGUGGGAUGGGUUUGUUGGGGGGUGGUGGUGGUGGUGGUGAUGAUGGGGGGAGUGCUUCUGAGGAAACGAGUAUGGCGCUGGUGGAUGGAGAUGGAGAGAAUGAGGAGUUGUAG